AUGCUUAGAAAUUUAUUAACUAGAUUUAAUAUAUUCAAAUUUAACCAUAUAAAAGUAUUAGGUAUAGAAACAAGUUGUGACGACACAAGUGUUGCUAUCAUAGAUAGCAGUGGUCAUAUAUAUUCAGAAUCAACAAAAGAUCAAUGGAAAUUACACAAAGAGCAUAGAGGAAUAGUGCCAAUCAUAGCAUCAGAGGCACACGAAAAAAACAUUGACUUUGUAGUGGAGGAUGCAUUAAAAAAAUCAAAUUUAGCAAUCGAGGAUAUCAAUUAUAUUGCAGUAACGACAGGUCCAGGUUUAUCAAGGCCAUUAAAAGUCGGUGCUGAAAAAGCGGUAUCGAUAUCAAAGAAAUAUAAUAUUCCAAUUUUUUCAGUAAAUCAUUUAGAGGGUCAUUCACUGGUUGUCAGAAUGGAAAAUAAAUCAAAACCAGAGUUCCCAUUUCUUAUUCUUUUGGUUAGCGGUGGUCAUUCACAAAUUUUAAUAUGUAAAGGUGUUGGUGAAUAUCAAUUAAUAGGAAAUACAUUGGAUGAAUCAGUUGGCGAAGCAUUGGAUAAGGCUGCUCGUUCUUUAGGUUGCGAAUUUGGCGAGGUUAAUAACGGGGAAAAUAUAAUAACAAAUAUUCAUGGUGGUCAAGCAAUCGAAAUUUUAGCGAAAAAAGGUGAUCCUAACAACUACCCUUUAACAUUGCCCUUACUAGCCUCAAAAAACUGCGAUUUUUCAUUUUCAGGUUUGAGAUCAUCAUUCGACAGGACAAUCAACAAAGUAAAAUCAUCAUAUAAUAAGAAAGACGAUGACAAAUUAACAAAGAUUGAAAAAAUUCGUCAAAACAACCAAUUGGAUAACAGCGAAUUGUAUAAAGAUAUAAAAUUAACAUUAAAAGACCAAUUCGAUUUAGCAGCAUCAUUUCAAAAUACAGCAUUUAAGCACUUAGAACAUAGAAUUUAUAGGUCAUUAAAAUGGUAUUAUGGAAUACCCGAAAAAAAAGAUAAGAGAAAUAAAAGCAAUAAUGAAGAGAACUCUAUUGAAAUGGAAAAUCCCCAAGGACCACCGUUAAAUGGUAUCGUUGUAAGUGGUGGUGUUUCAAAAAAUGAAGAAUUAAGAAAUCGAUUAACUAAAAUAGCCGAAGAAUUCAAUUUACCAAUUUAUUUCCCAAAACCAUCUUUAUGCACUGAUAAUGGAGUAAUGAUAGCAUGGGCCGGUGUAGAAAUGUAUAAUAAAGGGUGUAAAACAACUAAUCCCGAUCAAAUAUUUACAUUGCCCGUUUGGCCAUUAGAUAAGAAUCCACAGCCAUUGUUUAGAGAUAUCAACCUUGACGAAAAAGAAAUAUCCGUUCGUAAAAGAUGGUAUUUAGAUGCAGUAGAGAAAUACGGUAAUAAAAAAGAUAAUGCAGAUAGUAAUAAUAAUAUUAAUAAAUAA